AAAUGUUUCGUUCAGUGACAGAUCGUUUAAUCUCAUCACCUUUUGACGACCUUACACUCAGACGUUGUUGCCUACUGUGAAGUAGCGACCCAGCAAGUGGUCUAUUAUGUAAGUCUUUAUCUUUCGUACUUGAAACCAAUAAUAUAAACCCUAAUCCAAGAAAGUUCGUCUGUAUUAGGGGGAUUCUUUUUUUGUCUUCCCUUGCAAUACUUUCACAUUCCAUUUUGGAGUGAAUAGUGAAAUGAUUAAUGGUAAUUAACCACCAACUUGUCCCAGCUGUUUAUUAGAGUGGGAAGGUGGAGUCAGAGUGAGACACCGGGGCAGAAAUGGAUGGUAAACUGAUAUUUAAAAGGCAAAGGCAAAUCUGUCUUUCAAACAUCUCCUGGUUAGUCCUGAUUCCUUGUUGCAACUACAGCAAAAGCUAUGAGAUGUAUCUAUUAGUCAGAGAAAACAAAGAUGGUUUGUCAAGAAAGAUGAGUUGGAAGGGCAGAAUUCCGCUGUGAGUUUUUGUUUAGUGACCUGACACCUGAAAUACACAUGGGUCUCAUGUCAGCAACCAGUCACUGUCUUGGUCAUAGAUCUUGUUACAACCUUGGCUCAUAGGGAAACAACAUAAUGAGAACAGAAAACCCCAAACUUAAUUUAGAACUAUAUUUAUUAGUAUAAAUGGGACUUUAAAUUGAAAAAUAUGACACAUUAAAUAUUUAAAUGAAAAUACUAAAUUUUGUGGCAUACAAACCAUACAGUACCCCUUUGCCUAUAUAUCAUACAAAUGCAUCCUAUUGUCUACUGUUCACACUUACACUUUAUGUACAGGAUAAUGCUUGUUUCUUUUUAUAUUACCUGUAUGUAAUAUGUACCUAACCUGUAUAUGGUAUAGUGUCUGUACAUUGUUAUUAUAUAAGGGCCAUCAAUGACCAGAGCCCGAUUUCUUUGUAGGUAACAUACCUGGCCAAUGAAGCUGAUUUUUAUGACAAUUCCAUAUGACACAUUCUAACUUGUACCAAUCUGACACUUAUGCAUUUGUAGGAAUUGGUAUUACAGUUAUGUAAAGACCCUGACAAUAUAAAAGCACAAAUAGAAAAUUGAGAGGGUAAUUCAAUAAAUGGUCUCUCCAUUGGUUUGACAGAUGCAUUGGUGAAACUAUAGGACAUGAGUUUGUUGCACAGCUUUGAGAACGCCAUCUUUAUGUCAAUUGUACCCAAAGUUGAUGAGGAAAUCAUGGUGAAGUUGGUGAUUAUAGUUCUGAUGAUCCAGCUGACCGUGUCUGGGAUCUCUCCUGCCUGUGGUCGAGCUGAAUAUCGUAUAGGGCAGGAAUGCUGCCCUAUGUGUGGUCCUGGUUAUUAUGUACGGAGACACUGCACUGAGUUCAAAAGUACGACAUGUGUUCCAUGCCCGUCAUCUACCUUCACGGAUGCACCCAAUGGACUGGUGUCCUGUCGAUCUUGUACAUUUUGUGACUCGAGUGCAGGUCUAAGAGUGAAGAGGGCGUGCAGCUCCACUUCAGACACACUCUGUGAGCCUCUGGAAGGUCACUACUGUACUGACCCAAUCAAAGAUGGCUGCCGAGGAGCUGUGGAACACACAAAGUGCUCACCAGGGCAGUAUGUGAACCAGACAGGUACAGCAUCCACAGAUACUGUGUGUGGUGACUGUGUAGGCAACACAUACUCAGAUGGAUCAUUCACAUCCUGCAGACCACACACACAGUGUGAGUUGAUUGGAUUUGUUGUCCUCAGAGAAGGAUCAUCAUCUUAUGACACUGAUUGUGGUCAAAGACAAAACACUGUUGCCAUUGUAGCUGGUAUCAUAGUUGGUGUUGCAGUCCUAGCUGCUACAUGUGGGGCUGUGGGAUUUAUAUAUCAUAGAAGGAAGAGGAAAAGAAAAGCUCAACAAGCAGACACAUGUUUGAAAAGCGACACACACAUGAGAGGUCAGGCCAUACUGUAACAACAGAGGAACAUGGCACUUUGUUAUUUUUAGCACUUUAUUGGCAGAUGAGAAUUCAGCAAAUACAUCUCAUUCACUUUGUUGCUGUGGCUUGCCAUCUUUUUUCUUCAUUGGGGUUACCUACCAACAACACUCAUUGUCAGAAAGCACAACAGAAAAGACUCCCUUGAGGAAGCGGGUGACCACUUACAGCUUUUGGUCCAUUGAAUGGAUUGCUGUAAACUGAACAUGUGAUACCUGUUUGAUGUCUCAGAAUAAUAUGAAUGUGUAAUAAUGUUACUGUAUAAUAAUGUGGAUAAUAAUGUUUUUUCUAUUUGUCAUUUGGGUUAAUUUGAAUGGUCUCAGUCUGAGUGGUACAGUGGUAUCAGUCCUGCAGCUGAAUAGAUUAGAUUUAUGUUUCUUUUAUAUUUGUAUCUUUAGAUCAUUCACUUUAGACUUGUUUGAAAAUGUAACUGUAUUAGUAACUUGGACCUGACUAAUAAAUCGUGAUACUCUGACCUACUGUGGCUUCUUAAGAAGUUCUUAACUAGAGAAGUAUCACUAGGUAACGGUGUUUACACUGAUGGAAUUCUAACCCCCCUCUGGAGGUGACAAACCCCUCCACUCGUCCUCUCUGUGUGAUCCCCAUCAGUGUAAACACCAAACCCCUCCACUCGUCCUCUCUGUGUGAUCCCCAUCAGUGUAAACACCAAAUUCCAUGUGAUUCAUUAUUUUGCCAGAUGUAGAACUAAAUAAACUGGUUAUUUAAGGGGAAGAUGGUAAAAGGGCCUUGAGUAUUCUGUAGCCAGAGACUCUGAGACUCCAUGUGUGUAGCCAUCAUCUCUCUUGUGUAUCUGGAAUGUUGGCGCCUCCUGCUGGGCAAAUGAAAACCCUUAAUCAACCUGAGUCAACCCCGUCUUACAGAGAGCCAUGUGGAAAUAUCAAAUGUUUCAGACAUUUAAAAAACUUGUCCACAUGAUUUGUGAUGUAGUUAACUGUGAUAUCAUGUUGUUUUGCUUCUGUUUCCUGGUCCUUGGGGGUGAGAGUUUGUUGGUCCACACACUGAAUAAAGGAAGACUUGGUCUGUCA